AUGAAGGUUCAUUGUAAAUUAGCAAGUAAUGAAACACUUGACUUUGAUGUUGAUGAUAAAAAUACAUCUUUAGAGGAUUUAAAAGAAAUGAUACAUGAUAGAACUGGAACUGACACACACCUUAUUAAUAUUGAAUUGGAAAAUAAAAAAUUACCUUGUAGAUAUGAUAAAAAAUCAUUAUAUAAACUUCAUAUUGAAGAAUCCUCAAAUAUUAGAGUUAUAUAUUCUAUGGCUGGUGGUUGUGAUUGCCUCGGUUGUGGUUGUGAUAUAUGUGGUUGUGGUGGAAAUUGUAGAUGUUCGAUUAUGUAG